UGCUAAGGCAACAGUCUUGAAUUUCCAGUAGAAGCAUGAAUGCGCUGUCUCCAAUAGCCUGGUCCAGCCCGUCUCCGGUGGUAGCAUUAAUACACCCUUUUGUCCUCCCCUCUCGCCUCGUCUUGGUCUUGAUGCAACACCAACCUUGACUCCCAUCCUUCCGCUACAUCCCCAAACACAGCCGGCAGACACACAAUGGCGCCCUCUGCCGUGGUAGACGAACUCCUGGCCGAGCCGCAGGCCAACGGCACCAAGGCCAAGGCGGCCGCGGACCAGGCCAACGGCGAAGCGUCGUCCUCCGACGGCAAGGCGGACGACAAGACCGAGGACGGCGGGUCGGACAGCGAGACCACAGAGGACGACAAGAAGGCCGACAAGAAGGACGACAAGGAGGACGACAAGCCCAAGGAGCCGCUGGCGCCCAAGGGCUCCCUCAGCACGCCCAAGAACAUCUACCGGUCCGCUAAGGACAGCGACGGCAACUGGUCGUGGGUCGACCACCCGCCCAAGGACCUGCUCGAGGCGGCCGAGAACGACGCGACGGCCCAGUACGCCGUGCUCGUGCGCAACAUCAAGUCGCAGGACUCGCGCAAGAAGCUCGAGGCCCACUCGCUCGUGAUCCAGAGCGAGUGGCUCCGCAAGGCCCUGGGCGAGAUCCUCGAGGGCUACCCGGGCGUGGCCUGCGAGCUCGAGCGGCUCGAGUUCGAGGCGCCCUUCCACCCCUUUGUGCACCGCUGGCCCGAGUACACGGCCUACAUGGCCAAGCCGGACCUCGACGAGACCACGAGGGAGCACCUCAAGGUGCUGCACGACAUUUUGACCUACGAGAUUGGCGACCAGAUCCGCGCCCUCGAGGACUACGUCAAGGUCAAGAACAUCAAGUUCUCGGACCUGUGGAUGAUCCUGCAGCCCGGCGCCGUCAUCUUCUCGGCCUUCAAGGGCGCCCACUCGGCCAUGCAGCUGCACGAGACCGAGUACAUGCAGAACCAGUGCGGCCGCUUCCUGCGCCUGCGCCUCGAGUGCAUCGACUACUCGGGCAAGGAGUUCGGCCGGUCGCGCGAGGUGGUCGACGUGCCCGAGUUCAUCGGCCUGCGCAAGAUCACGUCGCUCAACGCCUUCCCGCUCUCGUUCCACGAGGCCAAGGAGGAGGUGACGGAGCUCCUCGUCGGGCGCGGCAAGCUCUUCGAGGACCUGGCGGGACACUGCUUCAAGAGCUACGACGGCACCGCCAUCACGUGGGACCGCGAGGGCAACGAGGUGCCCGUGCAGGUGUGCGGCCGCAUCGUCAUCGACAUCAAGUCCUUCAACCGCUUCAGCCCCUACCCGCGCCGCUACGUCGAGGACUUUAACGCCCAGGACCUCGAGCUGCUGGCGGCGCACCGGCUCGCAAACGGGCUCGAGGGCGCGGGGCCGCUGCGCCUGACGCCCUUCCACCACAUGCUCUGCCGCGGCCGCACGCGCGGCUACUCGCUCAAGCUCAAGAAGUGGCUCGACUUUUACGUCGAGCACGUGGCCGAGAUCGAGUGGAACCGCCGCGCCUUUGACCGCCUCGUCCUGCCCGAGGACCAAAAGGAGCUGAUCCUGGCCUUUUCCGAGUCGCAGCUCGACCAGACCGAGGGCGGCGGCGGCAAGUCGUUCGACGACUUCAUCGCCGGCAAGGGCAAGGGCGUCAUCUGCCUGCUGGCCGGCCCGCCAGGCGUCGGCAAGACCCUGACGGCCGAGGCGGUGGCUGAGCACCUGCGCGUGCCGCUGCACACCCUCAGCUCGGGCGACCUGGGCUCGCAGCCGUGGGAAGUGGAGCACGGCCUGUCGCGCAUCCUGGAGCUGGUGGCGCGCUGGAACGCCAUUCUGCUGCUGGACGAGUGUGACGUCUUCCUAGAGGCCCGCAGCACCCACGACCUGGAGCGCAACAAGGUCGUCAGCAUCUUCCUGCGCACGCUCGAGUACUACGAGGGCAUCCUCUUCAUGACCACCAACCGCGUCGACAACAUCGACCAGGCCUUCCAGUCGCGCAUCCACGUUAGCCUCGAGUACAGCUCGCUCGACCCAACCUCGCGCGCCGCCAUCUGGCGCAACUUCCUGGGCGGCCGCAUGGGCAUCACGCCCACCGAUAUCGAGGAGCUGGCCGAGUACCCGCUCAACGGCCGCCAGAUCAAGAACGUGCUCAAGACGGCCCAGCUGCUCGCCUCGCGCAAGCAGAGCGAGCUCAAGCGGAGCUUCAUCGACACCGUCCUGGCCAUCGAGAAGCGGCGGCCGGGCGCUGUUCAGGCGGACGCGGCGUAGGGUGUUUUUUUUUUUUGUUUUUGUUUUUUUUGGGUGUUUUGAGUGCUUUGCAGGGUAUUCGGCUUACUUGGGUCUUUUGUGUAGCGUCAACAUGUUUCAACAUUACGAAAUGGUCGCUGCGAAUGCAUAUGGUAGUAAACAUUCAUGCCUGCUGGA